CCUUGCUUCUCGCCUGCAGGAGCAGGCCCACUGCUGACAUCACAAAGGGCGGAGUUCUGGGGGCGUGGUCAGGUCUUCUCGGAACCCCGUGCCACGGCCAGCAUUGAACCUACGGCGACAGAAGCAGAACCCAGACAGGGGCCUGCUGCACCCCAGGCUUGAGUUCUCUUCGUGCCGAGGUCCCAGCAGAGCCCCGGAUCGGCGCUCAAUGUCUGAAAAGGGUCAAAAUGAAGCAGACCCCGACGGCGGGGGUGUGUUCACUCGUCCCCACUCAUCACCCCCACAGCACAGGCCAGGCCACGGUGGGGCCCUCCGCCACCACGAGUCCCACCACCACCGGGGAGCGUCUCAGCACCGCGGCUUAGCCCGUCCUCACGGCGGACCGCGGCACCCCCGUGAGUUCCAAGACAACCAAGACGAUCGUGCCUUCUCCCAUCAUGCCCCCCGGGAGGCCCACCAUCCCACAUCCCUUGGUCUGAGCCCCUCCCGUAGCAUUGCCCCCUCCCACCAUUCCUACUCUGAGGACAGCUCUGAUGAUGACCAAUACCAUGGCAACAGGGUGCAUCACCACCAUGCCGAGUCCUCUCCCCACGGUGGGCGUCAACACCUUACUGUGCCCCCUCCCUACAGUGGGCCUCACCACCAUGCCGAGCCUGACCCCCACGGUGGGCCCCACCUCCUUACUGUGCCCCCUCACCACGGUGGACCCCACCACCAUACCGAGCCUGGUCACCAUGGUGGACCCCACCACCAUACUGAGCCCGGCCACCACGGUGGGCCCCAUCACCAUGCCGUUUCUGAUCACCAUGGUGGGCCCCACCACCACGCUGAGCCUGACCCCCACGGCGGGCCCCAGCACCUUACUGUGCCCUCUCACCACGGUGGGCCCCACCGCCACGCCGAGCCCCCUCACCACGGCGGGCCCCACCGCCACGCCGAGCCUGACCCCCACGGCGGGCCCCACCGCCAUGCCGAGCCCUCUCACCACGGUGGGCCCCACCGCUACGCCGAGCCUGACCCCCACGGCGGGCCCCACCGCCACGCCGAGCCCUCUCACCACGGCGGGUCCCACCGCCACGCCGAGCCUGACCCCCACGGCGGGCCCCACCGCCACGCCGAGCCCUCUCACCAUGGCGGGCCCCACCGCCACGCCGAGCCCCCUCACCACGGUGGGCCCCACCGCCACGUUGAGGACGGCCACCGUGGAGGGCUGCCUCACCACGGUGAGCCUUCUUACCGAGAGGAGUUCCACCACAAGCACGCCAGGCCCCACCAUCAUGACAGCUCCCCGCACCGACGGCACCCUCGCUACGGAGACAACGUUUCCUGCACCUCCCUGGACGGGUCCUCCCACCACGGCACACCUCACCACCGGGAGUACCACGCCCCUGAGCACCCCCACGGCGAGUGGCCCCACCACAGAAGCAAGCACCAGCGUCCCAGGCAACCCGACGACCACCCACACAGCGACCCCCGCCACAGGGACUACCUGUGGAGCCCCUCCGACCAGUCUGUCCCUGGCACCUCCCAGGGCUCCUCCUCCCUCUCUCAUCCGGCCACCCCCCACGCCCACGUGCACAGGUGGAGCUCUGGCCACAGCACAGCUCCGUCCCACGUGGCCGGCUCCAGCAAGGUGUGCUCCCAGGAGAGCAGCUCCAAAGACUCGGAGAGCUACACGGAAGACAACGAACAACUUCGGAAGCGCAAAACCCGCCGGACCCCACGGAGCCGCAAGAAGCUGCAACUGGAGAACUGCUUCCAGUGGUGGUACGAGAAACUGAUAGUCCUCUUCCAUGGCCUCCAGAGAAUGCUCUGGAAGCUGACGCACUGCCUGGCCUUUGAGACGUUCAUCUUCCUGGUCGUCUGCCUCAACACCAUCAUGCUCGUGGCCCAGACCUUCGCCGAAGUGGAGAUCCGGGGUGAGUGGCACUUCCUGAUCUUGGACUGCAUCUUCCUCUGCAUCUACAUGGUGGAAGCUCUGCUCAAGAUCAUCGCCCUGGGCUUUUCGUAUUUCCAUGACUUCUGGAACAACCUGGACUUCUGCAUCAUGAUGGUGGCCGUGCUGGACUUCACGCUCAUGCAGCUCAACCCCCUCUCCUACUCCUUCUACCACCAAAGCCUAUUCCGGAUCCUCAAGGUCUUCAAGAGCAUGCGGGCCCUGAGAGCCAUCAGGGUCCUGCGCAGGCUCAGCUUCCUGACCAGCCUCCACGAGGUGACAGGGACCCUGGCCCGCUCCCUGCCGUCCAUCACGGCCAUCCUCGUUCUCAUGUUCACCUGCCUCUUCCUCUUCUCCGUGGUCCUGCGCGCGCUCUUCCGCAAGUCGGACCCCAAGCGCUUCCAGAACAUCUUCAGCACCCUCUUCACCCUCUUCACGAUGCUCACCCUGGACGACUGGUCCCUCAUCUACAUGGACAACCGGGCCCAGGGCGCCUGGUACAUCAUCCCCAUCCUCAUGGUCUACAUCAUCAUCCAGUAUUUCAUCUUCCUCAACCUGGUGAUUGCUGUCUUGGUGGACAACUUCCAGAUGGCUCUGCUCAAAGGCCUGGAGAAAGUGAGGCAGGAGAGGGCGGCCCGGAUCCAGGAGAACCUGUUGGAUGACUCCCUGACGGAGCUCCGCCAAGCAGAGCCCAAGGAGAUCCGGAGCGAAGGCACCAUGCAGAAGCAGCUGCUGGAGAAGAAGUUCGGGACCUUGACCGAGAAUUCCUGCAGCUGGUGGCCGGCGUGGAGCAGCAGCAGCAGAAGUUCCGCUCCCAGGCGUCCGUCAUCGAUGAGAUCGUGGACACCGCCUUCGAGGCCGGAGAAGAGGACUUCAGGAAGUGAGCCGGCAGGGGGACACGACACAUGGACGUCAGCCUCUCCAAGCUGCCCAGCCAGAGGCCGCCGGGACGGGUCCCAGAUCUGCUGGCACGAUUGUCCAGGCCCUGCAGGCCCAGGCCGGGCGUCCCAACAGUCCCAACAGGGUUUUAGCCCCAGUGGCUGUGCGUGUCCUCACUGGCCAGGCCGAGGGAGGGUGACGCAGGCAGAGGGCCAGGCCCAGGGCCGGCUGCGCUGGGAGGCGCGAUACGCCAGAAACCUGCCCGGCGGUCAGGAGCCAAGGAACAGGCUGGCACAGCGCAGGAUUGUCAGGGUCUUGGGCCCCAGGCAUAGGGGGGCUCAGAGCCCAGGAACUCGGGCCUGGCAGGACCCCAGAUCCAGUGUAAGGUGCUGCUCACCAGGGAUAUCACGGACCCAGAGGUCAGAGGUCAUGGCCAGCCCCCGCCCUGCCUGGGCAUAGACUACAAGAGCCUCAGUGGGGACAGGCUGGCAGGGAAGGCGGGGGCAGCCUCGUGGGGAGGCGGCAGCAGGAAAUGAGGCUGGGGGCUGCUCCCAGCACCACCUGCGCCAGGGCCUAAAGGAGCUCCCCCCACUCACAGCUCCAGCUUAGGCAGAACGCCCGGAGCCCCCGUGCCCUUGGCCGGGGAUGGCGGUGGCGUGGCUUGCCCAGCAGGCAGGGUCCAGCCCUGGCUUGGGGGCGCCCCUCCGGGGCAGGGCUCUCACGUGGUGGGCCCUGGCCUCUCACCUCCAGGGCAGGCCCACCCAGAGGCAGGAGUGGGGCCUCGGGACAGUCUUGCCGUCCCCUCCUCCCGGCUGGAGGACAGGAGCAGCACCCCCACACCCUGUCCCCCCCCAUCCCGGGGGGAGGCUACCCCAGGGCCCAGGAAUAGAUGGCCCAGAGGAAAUGCACGUGGGGUGGGGUCGCUGACCGACACCUCCCGCUCUCCCGUGGUGUGUCCGUGGCGGGGGGGUGCGUGUCCCCGUCCGUGGCGGGUCUGUGUAUGUCUGACUGCUGUGUUGAAGGGUUCACUCCUCCCCAGAGAAGGUCCACCUUCCUGUGCACUGCCCGGUGAAGGCAGCUGGAGGGUGAACACCUGCUCCCCUCAGGCUGUGGGGGUAGACCUGGGGGGCUUCUUGCUCCGCCCCUGUCUGUCUGCUGAGGGUGGUGGGCGGGGCUGCGCUGUGUUGGGGGGCAGCAGUCACAAGUUUAGGUUCACAACCUUGCAGCUCUUUCUCUGUAAGCGACAUUCGCCUGGGUCUGUCCCCCAUCCCCCCUGCCCCUAGCAGAUGGAGCUCGCUCCCCCUGGGGCUCCCCAUCAAGCCCCUCCUAAGGGGGAUAAGGUAUUGGGGGUGGCAUCCUGGGGUGAAGCAAGGUGCUGUCCUCGCUCUCCCGGUCCCUCUGCCUACCGGAGGUGGGCCCCAGGCAGCAGGGAGUCUUCCCAGGCUGGGAGCCAGCCUCAUGCCUCCGAGCUGUGCCCACUCCCCGCCCCUGAGACCCCUGGGCAUCUGUGCGUCUGAUGGUGGAAUGAUUGAGGGGCUGCAGAUCUUGGGGCUGCACCCUCAGCACCGCCUCUGGGGGGCGCCCUGUCGGCCGAGGGCAGAGGACACAGGCUGCUGCCAGCCCUGGGAGUGGGGGCGUGCAGUGCACAGAAGAAACCGAGGCAGGGGCCAGCAUUGUAAAGCAUGUAAAGCCGCCACCUGCGGUGCUGGCAUCCCAUAUGGGCACCGGUUCGUGUCCUGGCUGCUCCACUUCCUAACCUGCUCUCUGCUGUGGCCUGGGAAAGCAGUGGAAGAUGGCCCAAGUGCUUGGGGACCUGCACCCGCCUGGGAGACCCAGAAAGUUCCUGGCUCCUGGCUUCAGAUCAGCACAGCUCUGGCCACCGCGACCAUCUGGGGAGUGAAGCAGCAAAUGGAAGACCUCUCUCUCUCUCUCUCUCUCUCUCUCUCUCUCUCUCUGUAACUCUGCCUUCAAAUAAAUAAAAUCCUUAAAAAAAAAAAGAAGAAGAAGAGGAAGAAAAGAAACCAA